AUGGCCAGACAAUGGGUUCUAACGAGCCAGGAAGGCUUCGAGACCUCCCUGGAGUAUCAGCAGGAUGUCAAAAUACCAUCAGCCCACGAAUUGGGUCCCCGUGAGGUUCUUGUUCGCAUGCAUGCUGCGAGUUUGAACUAUCGCGAAAUAAUCAUCCCAGGUCCUGUGGCCGCCAUGGGUCCGAUCACGCCACCGCUCAUUCCAGGCUGUGACGGCGCUGGCAUAGUAGAAGGCCUGGGGUCGUCUGUGCGCGAUUUCAGUCUAGGCGAUCGAGUACUCACGCACGUCGCUUCUAAACUCGCUGAAUCUCGUGGAGACGAUGCACUGGCGGGCCUAGAUGAUGCGCAUGCCUGCCUCGGUCAAGGAUCUGAUGGUACGCUUCGAUCCCAUGGUGUUUUCUCUGAAGCGGGUCUUGUCCACGCGCCCAAGUCUCUCGACUUGCUUCCUGCUGCUACGUUGUGCUGCGCAUGGGCUGCCGCGUGGAACGGCCUGUUUGGACCGGGCUCGUGGGUGCUUGUUCAAGGCACCGGCGGGCUUAGUAUUGCAGCUCUGCAGCUCGCUGUGGCAGUCGGUGCGACUGUGAUCGCGACCACAUCGUCUGAGGAGAGGGCGGCUCGUCUAAAGACUCUGGGUGCAACGCACGUUAUCAAUUACCAGGUCAAUCCGAAAAGUUGGGGUGAGGAAGCCCGACGCCUGACUCCUGAUGGAAGAGGCGUGGAUUUUGUCGUCGAUGUUGGUGGCAAUGAAACCCUCCCUCAUUCGCUGGCGGCUGUGCGGGUGGAUGGAAUUGUUCUAGCCAUGGGUCAAGUUGGGGAGUCCACCGUCGAUGCUGUGCCAAUGUUCGCCGCUCUGCUGCAUACGUGCAUUGUUCGUGGCAGUCUGGCCCACAGCCGCAACCAAUUUCGGGAGUUGAUUCGCUUCAUUGAUGACCACAAGAUUGUGCCGGCGGUCGAUGAUGUGGUAUUCGAGCUGGCCGAGGCAAAGAGUGCAUACAGGCGUCUCAAGAAUAAGAAACACUUUGCUAAAGUUUUGAUCAGGAUUGAUUGA